GUGAAGAAUCAAAGUUUAGAAAAUGAGUUCAACAAGCAGAGCAUGGGUUACAGCAGUGAGUUUGGGUGUAGUAGAGGCACUAAAAGAUCAAGGAGUUUGUAGGUGGAAUUACACAAUUAGAGCCAUAAAUCAGCACGCUAAGAACAAUCUACGCUCAUAUUCACAGGCCAAGAAGCUCUCUUCUCAAUCUUCUUCUUCUUUGGUUUCUGCAAAUAAAUUAGAAUUGAAAAAGGUGAAGCAGUCUGAGGAAUCACUGAGAAAAGUCAUGUAUUUGAGCUGUUGGGGUCCUAAUUGAUCAAUCCUAAUAGCAGUUAGAUUCAAUUAGUGUCAUUUUGUGUACAUGUAUAGUAUUUUGACAAUAUUGUAAAGGAUUUUGAUAGCUUAAAGCUAAAUUGUUAAAUUGCCCAAUCAACUCUUGUGAAAAAACAAAUAAUUUGACAUGGUUGCACUUGCAAAUAAUAUAUUGAGUGUUGUUUUAAA